AUGCUGCAAUCAACGAGCUUCUUCUUCUCGUCGUCACCCCCUGCUUGUCGCCUUCACUGUCGUCGUCAGAAUCUGGCUAGCAGCAUUCGAAUAGGGAGAGUUCUCAUCACUCACAAGAAAGAAACUGCACUUUUUUGCGACGAAAAAUUCAUGGCUUGCUAUAGCUCCAUACGAACCUUUUCAUCGACAUCGCCCUUUUCCAAUCCUCCUCCCCGCGCCGCAAUUUCUAUCCCUAAGCUCCCCAUUCGAAUCUCCCUCCCCAAGAUCCCCACUUCUUCCACCAACCAAACCCAUCUCGCCUUCCAUCCCUCCGAUCAUGCUCUCCGGCCGGAAAUCACCCAUCAAUACCCGAUUGUGAUCACAACCACAUCGCCGGCCGACGAAGCAGCAGCUGUCUCCAGCACGCCAGUGACCGCCGAGCUGUACUACGCUGUCCUGGAGUCGAUCGCCGACAGGAUCGAGAUGCACGGCAACGUGGCAGUCCAGCGGGACAACUGGAACUCCCUCCUCCUCUCCUCCAUCAACAUGUCCAUCCUCGCCGCCACCACGAUGGCCGCCGUUUCCCCAUCUGUCUCGGCCGAUCAUUCCCUUCCCUUGGCUCUCGGCUCCACCAUUCUCUUCACCGCGGCGACCGGGCUGCUGGCCAUCAUGAACACCAUCCAGCCCUCUCAGCUUGCGGAGGAGCAGCGCAACGCCGCAAGAUUGUUCAGGCAGCUCCACUCCAAACUAAACGGGCCCGGAAAGGCCCAACCCACAAAGGCCCAGGUGGAAGACGCGGUGGAAAAAGUGCUGGCCAUUGACCGCGCCUACCCUCUCCCGUUGCUCGGCAAAAUGAUCCCCAAGUUCCCCAAAAAGUUCCAACCCGCCGUUUGGUGGCCUCGUCAAACCGCAGAGUCAUCCAAACGACGCCGUAGCGCCAAGGUAAGAAAUAGCAACAACGGAUGGAGCGAGGAGCUGGAGGCGGAGAUGCGGGAAGUCUCGGGAGCAUUGAAGAGUAAAGACAAGGAGGACUACGAGAGGCUUGGAAGCUUGAUGCUCAAGAUAAACAAGACUCUGGCCGUCUCGGGACCCGCGCUAUCCGGCGCGGCGGCGGCUGCUUCUGCUGUUGGGCUGGUCGGUGGUGACAACAACGGGUGGGCUGCGGCGGUGGCGGUGGCCGCCGGCGCGAUGGCCACUGCCGUGAAUACGUUGGAGCACGGCGGGCAGAUCGGGAUGGUGGUGGAGAUGUACAGGAACUGCGCCGGGUUUUUCAAUCAGCUCGAGGAAUCGAUUGAUUCCACUCUCGGCGAAUCAGGAUUUGAGGAGAGAGAGAAUGGUGAGGUGUUCGCGAUGAAGGUCGGGCUGGCGCUCGGAAGGAGUCCGGCGGAGGUCCGGGAGCUGGCUGGAAAGUGUGCUUACAGUAGGGAUGAAGGCACGCCGUUGGAUGAGUUUGCUAGCAAGCUCUUCUGA